AUGUGGCAGCAAUUUUCACCUGAAACACCUCAAUGGCCAACUGUUGAAUUGAUCGUUAUUGGUAUUUUGCCUCUUGUGCUCGUUCUCGUUGGUACAAUUUGUAACGUGUUAUGUAUAAUUGUGCUAUUAUCUAGAACUCAUCGAGAUAAUUCCCGUAAUCAUCAGUCAACAUCAACCAAUGUUUACUUAAUUUGUUUAUGUUUCGCUGACACUCUAGGGUUGUACCAAUUCAAUCUAGAUAAUGCAAUCGCAAAUUUAACUGGUAAAAGUAUAACGGACCGUUCGUUAGUCGCAUGUAAAUUAAUCGAAUUUAUUGGUUAUUAUACUCUACAUUUACCAGUUAUGUAUUUAACAAUGGCAACCGUUGAUCGUACAUUCAUGUUAUGGUCAGCUGCAUACAAACGAAAAAUAGCACAACCAAAACAAGCGUGGAAAUUAUGUAUCUUAAUAGCUGGUAUAUUUGCGGUAACAGACUGUUUCUUACUUGCUUUAGGGUAUCGGACAGAUGAUGGUAGUAUUCAAUGUUAUCACUCAACAAAUGUCGUAUUAACCAAGGCGUUCAAUUUAUUUAUAAUAUGGUUUCAUCUGGUCUUCAUGAGUAUGGUAUCAUUUGUUAUCAUGAUAAUCUCCACAGUACUAGCAAUCAUAAAAUUAGUUCGCUUACCACGAGUAAAUGAAGCAUCAUUUUCGCGUAAUAAGCGAAUCUCAGUUAUGUUAGGGUUGAUGUGUAUUGCCUACAUUUUAUUAACGUUACCAAACCGUCUCUGUUUCACUGUAUUAACUCCGUUAUUAGAACGCAUACCAGGGUCAAAUACAAUAUUCGCAUUAGCGGAUCUUCUUACGUAUUUAGCAAGUUCAUUAAAUUUUCUCUUUUUAUCUAUUAGUGUUAACGGAUUUUGGCGAGAUUUAGGGAAUUUAUUUAUCAUCAAAAGAUUUCGUUCAAAUACAAUAGGGACAACCACUGAUCGGGGGCAGCGGAACCACUAG